GGCAACAUGGCGUCGUCAAAGGUCCACGUCCGAAUAUGUGAACAAGAAAUACUCAAAUAUGACUUGGAAAUCAAAGCUCUCAUCCAGGAUAUCAAUGAGUGCACAGGUCCUCAGAGCCAGCUGACAGAACUGAACGCAGAGGUGAAGAAGAGUUUUCACAACCUCAGAUUGCGGAUUCAGGAUUUAGAGCAGAUGGCGAUGGAGCAGGACAAAGAGUCCGACAAACAAGGCUUGAUCGGUCAGGUGGAGGGACACAAAAAACAGAUGCUGAGUAACCAGACGACUUGGAGGAAAGCCAACCUGGCCAGCAAACUGUCCAUCGACAAUAUGGAAAAGCAGGCGCUUCUUAGUGGAUCAGAUAGUGCUGCAAGACAGCGCAUGAUGACCAAAGAGGGGCUGGCCCAGACAAGCAGUGACAUUACAGAGAAUCUUAUGAGCAUCAGCCGGAUGAUGGCCCAACAGGUUCAGCAGAGCGAGGACACCAUGACAUCACUAGCGACCUCGUCGAGGACGAUGCAAGAGACCAAUGAGGAGUUUAAAACCAUGACGGGGACCAUCCAGCUCGGGAGGAAACUCAUCACCAAGUACAACCGCAGGGAGCUCACUGAUAAGCUGCUCAUCUUCCUGGCGUUGGCCCUCUUCCUCGCUACAGUUCUCUACAUCCUUAAAAAGAGGCUGUUCCCCUUCCUGUAGACCAGGUUUCUUUGAGGAGGCUCCACCAUAACCACAUACAGUACUUUCCCAUGGUCAGCACAAAUUAUUUAAACAACUCUGAAUGCUCCGUGUCAUAUUACACACACAUUACACACCAGCGUCUGCUCACUGGAAUGUGGACUGCUCACUGGUUUAACUGUGCCACUUCUGAGGGGGAAAUACUGUCCGUACACACCUAUAGCUCCAUGCAGCAUUUCUUCAAAACAUUGUGCUCUACAUAGGAAAUGAUAUAUUCUUCUUUAAGAGGAUGUAUUUGUUGGUGGCACAAAUUGCCACGCUCAUCUUCAGUUAGUGUGGCAGUAAUGCUGUGCAUUGCUUUUUAUAGUCAGAUGUAAGAGGACCUAUAUUAGUCUUUUCUUCUUUACAUUCCUGUUAAACACCCAGUACUGCAUUUACAUACUUAUCUAAUAUGUGCAGUUAAUAUACUCGCAGAUUGAAGUAUAGAAAUUGAAUUUCAAUUGUCAGAACCCAAAAUAUUUUGGGUUCUGACAAUUGAAUACUUAUUGGGAUAAUUUGCUUACAGCUGUAAAACUCAUGUUGAACACAGACACAGUGACAUCUUGUAGCAAAAGUCACUUUAAGAAAAACCGACUAAAAGAAUUCUGAUCAUCACAAAACAAGAGCUGCCGUUCAUUUCCGUUCCGCAGCUUCUAUGACUUAGAUGUCAUGAGAACAGUAUUAAGGAUGUUUAUGUUUAGAAACAAUAGCAGGACUCAUCUUUGUAAUACUAAGAACUCUACUUCAUAUAUUCCUCAGUAACCCUCAACAGAACUAUAAUAGUUUUGAUUACAUUUGUCGUCAUCUUAAAGUGUGUUUGUGCAAACAAUGUAAAAUAUUUUUUUGCGAUUGUUAUUUAUAAUAAUGUACUGUAUAAUUACUGUAAUUUAUUGCUGCAUUAUAAUGAGUUAAUGCUAUUUUUGAGGGAACAGGACUAUUGAAAUGCCUUACUUAUGAACUUACUUACUAACCGCACUCACUCGCUUUGUGUGUGUCACUCGCUGGAUGAUCAGAACGCUACACUGUAUUUGCACUUCAAAAUGUCCUUAUAUUUAAUUCAGUUGGCAUGCAAGCUGAAAAAGUACUUUUUUUCAAAGUAAGCGUGCACACUCUGCUCAGUCUCUGCCUGUGUUCGCUAGGCUCUGGUCUGCAGCAGAGCAGAAAAAGCUCAGAAAAGCAGUGGCAGCGAUCACACUGGCAGAGAUAGAACAGCAUGCAUCCCUGCCUUUCUUCAGAUAAGACCCGGAAAAGCAGAUUAUUCCGACCCGUUUCCCUCUCCCUUUCCAGGGUGGGUGGAGGGUGAGGGGGGAUAUUUUUAGGUUUGCGUGGCUUUGUUAUCUGACGUUGCCUUUUCAACACCUCGGAGGAGAGGGUGGCCAGAGGGGCUACAUGACCUUGCUACCCUUUCUGCAAUUCCCUGGCGUUGCUAUUCUGUUUAACUAUGUAAAUGUUGUCAGUAUUGAUUACACAUAAAUAAGCCUUCUUGAUGUUGGCUUGAUGUUUAAAA